AGUACCAGAACUGUUGUACCUACUGGAUCGCCGAAUGUUCGUCGGGUCACAGUAGCUAGCGCGGGAGGAGAUGAGCAGCAACUCGGUAUAGUAGUCGUUGAUUCUCGAAAUGCCGCACGCGGUACAGGCGGCUUUCAACAGCUAGAAAGAAACGGAUUACCUUCCAAUGCUUAUGCAUCGCAACCACAAACAUUGGCGGCUGCUUUAUCUGGACUGUCUCCUCUGGGUCGAGGUGAACUGAUGUCAACUGCUGUUUAUCAAAGUCGAGCGCCAAUGGUUUCCAGUCGAAAACGUAUCCACUCUGUUAAUACUCAUGCUGGAAAUCCGAACGCAAUAACUCAAGCUACACUUAAUGGUCUGACUCGGCUUGCUGGAUCAGGGACUAGCGGUAGUUGCUCUCAGUUUGUCGAACUGUUUGAUUUCUUAUGCAUAUUCUUCAGAGAAUGA